ACGAGGAGGAGGAGGACAGCGACCUCCUGUCUUCCUCCACGCUGACUCUGACCGAGGAAGAGCUGGGAGUCCGCGAUGAAGAAAACCGAUCGGAGGAGAAACUGAGCGGGGCCUCCUCUGGGAAUGACAUCGAUGAGGAGGAUGAGGAAGAGGACAUGGAGGGCUGCUACAUGCUGGGCUUUGAGUACAUGAAGAAGGAGCUUCAGAGCUGGAUCCGAUCUCCUCGCUCAUGCGCCUCCUCCAGGACCGAGGCGGUCCUCUGGGAUGAGCUGCAGUGUGGGGGCAUGAUGUCCUCCGCCCUGGCGUCGUCAUCGCUCCCCAAAGAACAGCCUUCGAACCCCACAGCUCCCAAACUGAUGGAGAGCAGGAGCAAAGCGGAGCAGGCUCCAACCAAAGCCCGUCAAGAAGAGGAGGUGAAGAACGGCAGGAGCACGGCGAGGAGCUUCGUCAGCCAGUUUGUGGACGACGUGGAGAACGGAAACGUGGAGCCCAGCGCUCUGAAGGGGAAAGACGAGGACGAGCUCCUCCGAGAGGAGUCCAGCGUCUUCAUCAAGAAGGGAGAGUGUCAGCAGGAGCUGUAUCUUCAGCCACCGCGCGCCUCCUCCACGCACAUGUGCUUGUCACCAUCCUGCGAGCUCCUCCCCUUUCCGUCCAAGAGAGCCUCCUCCUUGGUGGGGCAGCUAAGAGGAGAACUGCCCUGCCACAGUGUGUGCACCUCCUCCCCUCCCUCCCUCUCCCCCGUGGAGGACUCCAGACCCCACAGGGGCUCCCAUCCCAGCUCCGAUGGAGGGAGGAAGGCCAUCACCAUCCAGGAGAAAUUCAAGUUCUCCUCCAUUGUGACGGAGGAGGCCAAGAAGGAGGUCAGAGCCAAAGGUUCUUCUCUGCCUCCCAAAAAGUGGGCCUCCUGCUGCAGACACCGUUCACCACCCCCCCAUCCUGUCCAGGACAGCAAGAAGGAGAAUGAGCGUGACUUUGUCAUGGAGAUCAUCGACAUGACAGCCGUGGCGCUGAAGAGGAAGGAGAACCCGACCGAAGAACCGGACCGCAGCCCGACCAGCCGGGCCGAUCCAGACCAAAGUCCUGCAUCGGCGGCGCAGAUCCGAGAGAAGGUGCUGGAGCUGUCCCACAGACCUCUGCACCUCCGGAAGGGCGACUUCUACUCCUACCUGUCCUUGUCGUCCCACGACAGCGACUGUGGGGAGGUCAGCCAGUGCGCUGAGGACAGGAGCUCCACCCCGCCGCCCUACAGCGUCCCGGCGCCUGCACCCCCCACCACGGGGCAGUUCACAAGCACCAAACGGUACAACUCAGCCGGCAGUUCAGCUGAGUCUUCCGAAUCUCCCCCUCCCUGCCUCCCCUUCGGGGCGGGAGGCAGUCGUGCUGUCGACCAGCCGGAGGACCCCCUCAGUCCUGGCUCCUGCCUGCCCCCCAGUCCAGACAUCCGGGACGAGGAGACGCUGUUCCCAGCCUGCACGGAGGAGGUUUACCUCGGCCCACCUCUUUGCUACAGCAUGCUCCUGUCUAAGAGGCCAAGCUUCCUGCAGAGGCCCGGCGUGGACCUGGUGCCUCGCCACUGCGUCUUUCUCUCCUCAGCGAGCGACUGCCUCCAGGACCCGGGCUACAAAUUCAGCAGCCCUCCGCCUCUUCCUCCCACCUCCUCCGGGCUGGAGGAGGAGCAGCGAGAUGAGGAGCAGCGAGGCCAAAUCAGAACAGAAGAGCAAGAACAAAUGAAGGCCAUCACUGACACGACUCCACCUUCGUGGGCUGCAGCCUCCUCCUGGAGCCGUCUGUGAGCGGGCUGUCUCCAUCGUAGGGGCCGUCUGCUCCCCCACCCCAUCUGAGAAGAUGUGCACUGUCUGGACGGACGGUGGUGAAGACCGGUUGGGAUCAUUUUGUAACCAGAACAUUGAUGAUCUUCAAGUCAGAGCUGGACUUCAUGAGCUGAAGACUGAGUCUAAAUUCAUACAGUUAGUGAAGGUGGAAAUAAUCUACACACUGUCAACCCAUACUAUACAUUAGACCUGGAUAAUCCAGCAUAUUUAGUCAAUAAUCUAACUGUUUCAGGGUAACGAUAGGAGGACAGGUAACUCUGUGGUUUAGUUUCAAACCCUUCUCUCAUUCUGAGCUACAGCUUCCAUCCUCCUGGUUUCUGCUGACCUUUGCUGAUUCCCAGCAGGAAUGGAUCCACAGGGAGCGUCAGAAAGCAUCAGGUUCCACAGGAACGUUUCCACGGUUUGAAUGAAAAGGUUUCGCUUGGAAACGGUGACGGAGCGGCUGAUUCCUGCUGGUUCCGUCCUUCACGCCGUUCCUCCGUCACACUAUAACGUCUGUACGCUACGCUCUGAGGCUCCAGCGGGAAUGUCCUUCAAUAAAUACUUACAUGGAGAAAAGCAUAUUCAGAAUGUAUUCAGUUCUUAUUUAAAAACAUAAACUCGGGCUCAUUGUUUUGUGUUGGAGGUCAUCCCUGAAAUCGGAUCUGGAUUAGGUCUGAGCGACAGUCUAACCCUGCCAGGAUCAUUGAGCCUUUAGUUCAGUUUUCUUUUUCUGAUUUCAUCAUCCAUGUUUAAUUUGUUGUUUGAAUUAACUUUUUUUAUGUUUUUUUUUUACUCAAAUCCCACCAGGUUAGCCUUUCUUUUGGCCCUCUUCAGCUUCAUGGUGCACUCAUGCCUCGUUUCCACUAAGUGGUCCAGACUAGAGUGGACCGGUACAGUGUCCCCCGUUGGUCGUAGGUCUGCUAACACAGCCGUGCUCUGGAACCAUAUGAUGGUUUAACCCCCCAGUCCAUCCCCUUAAUGCUGAGGGUCAAACAGGGAGGCAUUGGGUCCUAUUGUAGUGUCUUUGGUAUGACUUGGACGGGAUUUAAACUGACGACCUUCCAUUCUCAGGGUGGACACUCUACCACAAGGCCACUGAGCUGUUAUAUCAUCAGUCUGCAUCUUGCAUUCGCUUUGAUGGUCCAACACUCAGUGGAAACACAUGAAAUACCAUUCUAAACCGGUCCGGAGCGGACUGGUCCGGUCCGGACCGCUCAGUGGAAGCGAGGCGCGCGUCUGAUCUCAACACUCCGUACUGAUCCGUGCCAGAUCGAGCCUGUUCUUCAGAACAGCAGUUCACCAUCUUAAGCGCUCAUUAGUGAUUCACUCCGACCUCGUCAACGUGUUCAAGCGAACGCCUUCAAUGAAAAGUAAAGCGUGUAUCGGGAUUCUAAACUCUGACGUUCACGCGUCGCUACGCAACUUUUACUGUCCACGUCCAAAACUCAUUGAACGCACAUUGAAAGCUAAAGAGGAACUUUGACCAAUCAUUGACUUGGAUGUGCUAAUCGUCUGAAAAUUGAUCAUAGAGGAGAAAAUAAUUCCUGUGAUUUGUUUAAGUCUGGAAUUCUAUGACACAAAGGUUUGUCUGAAAUCCCUCACUAACCGCUAACUACUAAAAAUGUGAAAGUGCUGUUCAGGAUUGUUCGACUGCAAUGCAUUGUGGUCCAUAUUCGCUAAUCUAGAGAGCUUUGACAUUUCAUGCCAAGCCUCUUCUAACUGCGAGGACAUGUGCUGGCUCAGGUAGCAACCGUCCAGUGUGAUUACUGGAUGCUGAAAGCACAGUCAAGAUGUUGUUUUUGAACGUGCACAUGUCUGUGCGUGCACGGCCUCACUGACCGGAGGUCAGCUUUAGAUGAAGUUUGGUUUGGUGUGGGUAGGUGCUAUGUUUCUGAUGAAGUUCGCUCCAUUUGGAUCCAAACGAACCGGGCUGGAAGAACGUUAGCCUGGUGUCAUUAGUUCCUGUCAGAUCCUCUUACCACGUUUUUUCAUCUGUUCAUGCUUAUGUUUGUCAUGAUGUCUUUUUUAUCAUGUUUUAGUUUAUUUAAUAAAUGAUUUGCUCUGA